AUGAGUUAUAUGACUAUGAAAAAGGAGAAGAAAAGCAUAGAGCUCUCUGAAAGAGAAGAGAAAGAAGCCGUCAGAAGGAUCGUCGUUGAAGCCGUUGCCGAGAAAGCAGUUAUCAUCGGGAAGGAAACAAGAAUAGAGAACCUUCAUCAGGGUGCUGACGGUCUUAUCGAGAAUACAGUGGUGACGAGAAUCUUCCUGAGCUAG